UAUAGUUCACAACCGUUUAAAAUAAGCUUAUGCAGUCUGUCACGUGGGCUUUAAUGAUUACCAAGAGCCCCGCGCACACUGACAUGAAGAGUCAUAUUGCAAACUCAGAGAUAGCUACAAGGUAUGAACCGGCUCUGUCAGGGAUUGUUUUGAACCAUGGGCGACAACAUACUGCAUUUUACGCAUGCGGCUCCCUUGGACAGAGGACUGGUGGAUUUAUAUCAUCAUACCUGGCAACAAGUGCGUUAAUGGAUAUUUGGCAAACAAUCUUUACAAGUGUGACAGUGAGCUAACCCGCGAGAAGCUGAGAGCUGCUAACCGGAGGAUGGAGACACGGAGCCGCCUGUUUGAGGCUUUACGGCUCCGCUGCCGUAACACAGGCAGCAAUGAGCACGUCUGACAUCUCUGCCUCAUGAAGCAUGUUAACGCAGGAGUCUCACCUGAUUUAGCGGAGCUCGGCGGGAGUGGGAGCACCGUGGCUCCUUCAUUUAGUCAUUUGUUGAACGCUGGACGGCACCCAUCCAUCCAGACACCACAUAAGGGAUGUGGGGACCCCAGAAAACAGGGCUCUUUGACAUUCUUUCAUUGCCGCUAGUCGUGGCAGUGAUGUGCUGUGCCCAGAGCGUCAAUGAACCGGGGAACAUGUCUUUCGUCAAAGAGACUGUGGAUAAACUGUUGAAAGGAUAUGAUAUUCGUCUUCGGCCAGACUUUGGAGGUGCACCGGUUGCUGUUGGCAUGAGCAUAGACGUGGCAAGUAUAGACAUGGUGUCAGAAGUCAACAUGGACUACACGUUGACGAUGUACUUCCAGCAGUAUUGGAGAGAUAAGAGACUGGCCUAUGCAGGGAUCCCUCUCAACCUGACACUAGACAACAGAGUCGCAGACCAGCUCUGGGUCCCAGACACCUACUUCCUCAACGACAAGAAGUCCUUUGUUCACGGCGUCACUGUUAAGAACCGUAUGAUUCGGCUACACCCAGACGGCACUGUUCUCUACGGCCUCAGAAUCACCACGACUGCAGCCUGCAUGAUGGAUCUGAGGAGGUACCCGCUGGACGAACAGAAUUGCACUCUGGAAAUUGAGAGUUAUGGUUACACAACAGAUGAUAUAGAGUUCUAUUGGAAAGGAGGAGACACUGCUGUGACCGGGGUGACACGCAUCGAGCUCCCUCAGUUCUCCAUCGUCGACUACAAACUGGUUUCCAGGAACGUGGUCUUUUCCACAGGUGCCUACCCUCGACUGUCUCUGAGCUUCAAGCUGAAGCGAAACAUCGGAUACUUCAUCCUGCAGACGUACAUGCCCUCCAUCCUCAUCACCAUCCUAUCCUGGGUGUCGUUCUGGAUAAAUUAUGACGCCUCGGCUGCCAGAGUUGCAUUAGGGAUCACCACUGUCCUGACCAUGACAACCAUCAACACACAUUUAAGAGAGACUCUGCCCAAGAUCCCCUAUGUCAAAGCUAUAGACAUGUACCUGAUGGGCUGCUUUGUGUUUGUCUUCCUGGCUCUGCUGGAGUAUGCCUUCGUCAACUACAUCUUCUUUGGAAGAGGACCUCAGAUGCAGAAGAAGAUGGCUGAGAAGGCACAGAAGGCAAAUAAUGAGCGGGAUAAAUUUGAUGGACCCAAGUCCCUUCUGGAAGGAGGCAAUUGCAAGUCUUCGUCUGUUAAACUAUCCAAUCAGGUACAAGGAUGCUGUCACUCACCGAGGGUCGACUCCCAGGGGAACAUUUUGCUGACAACCUUGGAGAUCCACAACGAGGUGGGAGGGAAUGAGAUCACAACCACGGUGAGCGAGACCCGCAACUCAUCCUCCAUGGCGUUCGACAACUCGGGGGUCCAGUACAGGAAGCCGAGCGGGCCGCGAGAGUCGGGCCGCCUCAGCACGGACAGGAACGCGCACGGAAAGAAAAGCCGUCUGCGGAGGCGAUCCUCGCAGCUCAAAAUCAAAAUCCCAGACCUCACCGAUGUGAACACCAUCGACAGAUGGUCACGGAUAAUAUUCCCCUUCAGCUUCUCUCUCUUCAACGUAAUCUACUGGCUUUACUAUGUCAAUUAA